AUUCGGCACGGUGGAAUUGGUAUUUUGGAUCGUCCGCGCUUCGAUGAAUAUUUUGGGGACAAUCCAAGUGUUUUCUCUCUACUCGCAAUGGAAAGAGGAAAAGAAUGUCAGUCGCAGAUUACGGGAUCUUAGCAUGCAUACGUCUCCAAUGUCUAACGGUUACCACACAAACCCCGUAAUCAAGACACCAUUGCCGGGAAGCCUCAGAGCUGGUUAUCACAACGCUGCAUAUCUUAACUCAAACAUGAAUUUACGACAGAUGCAAAUGCACGGCAACCGCCAACAAGUCAACGCUGCCAUGGCAUCGUUGGAUCGCACUCGUAAAAAUUUUGCAAAACACUCAUUAAACCGAUCCAUAUCUUCCGUAUCACAACUCUACCCAAAGGAAGAGACCGAUUGUGGCAAGGUGUUCACUAAAGGAGAGAUCGCGAAUGGCUUUACGGUUUUCGACCAAUGGCAGCAGCAUCAGCAGUGGCUGGAACAGAAAAAAAAGGGGAUAACUCCAGAACCUGGGAUGGCUUUCGGUCCUAUGGGCAUCGCUGGAGUUGGACUAGAUGAUUCAGAAUUGGGAGCGAUGGAUAACGGCUGUUGCCCGCAGCAUUCCCUGCGGUUUACGAACGAUGGCGAUUAUUUGAAUCGGGCCCCACUUUCGCGUGCCGUCAGCACCCUCUUGUUGAAUCGUCACUGCCCUUCUCAAUUUGCAAUUCCAAAUUUUGAUCGACAACGCCAGUUUUUAGUUGGCUCCAAUUCGGUUGAAAGCCAAGCACCGCCAAUGAGGCGGGCCCAUUCCAUGAACGAUUUGAAUCUUAGGGCUUCCUCAACCUCAUGCGAUAUCAAGUUCGGUCGAACAAACAGGCCGCAUUUUGAUUACAUUCGGUCGGCCGGACGUCACGGACAUAUAAUUACGCGAGGCGAAUCUGACGACUUCCAACGCAGUUACAAAGACGUCGCUUUGUAGACUUUGGAAUAGAGACCUUGAAAAAAUGUUGAAAAAUCACGUGCGUUGUCUCUUUAAAAAGUUCCCUGACAACAAACAUGCAGCUUCGAAAAAAAGUUACCUGAUAUUUUUGUGUUGUUGUUGUUAUAUCUCGUCAAGGUAGCGUAUAUAGACACUGCCUCCGAUUUGCACAUUUAACAAUAAAUUUUGUUUGCCCCUUA